AUGAUUGCGGAUGACUCUGAUCCGUCGGAGAGGGAUUCCGAAGAGCAAAAGUCACCACUAAAGGCAGUCAAGAUAACUCCCAUAAUCCUGCCGACUAGGCGCAUGUUCACGAAGAACAUGUGUCUCACGCUUGUAUCAUACGCGAUCCAAGAGUAUCAUAUCACGACGUACAACACUCUUUGGACGAGUUUCCUCAGCGAUCCAGUCGACAAAGAGGGCAAACUCAAGCUGCCUUUCUUCUUCUCUGGAGGAGCCGGCAUGAAGCCAGACCAAAUUAUGUGGUCUCUUUUCAUCGUCGGAAUGAUGGGAUUGCCUACACAACUGUUCAUCUAUCCCCGCAUUAGUCGUCGCCUCGGUACCCUCAAGAUGUGGCGCAAGUUCAUGCUCGGAAUGCCGCUACUGUACUUCAUCUUGCCUUACAUCGCAGCUAUGCCAUCGACUACACCACCACCAGCUGGCAAAACUGGCUUCAUGGUGUGGUUCCUCAUCAUCCUGGUCCAAAUCAUGAUGGUGGGGACGUCGACCUUCGUGGUACCAGCGCAACUGGUUCUUACCAAUCUGUAA